AUGCCUAACGACCGGUACGAGGCUCUUACCGAAGACACGCCGGCGCAAUCACGAGCUGCCGCCGCUCCAAGUGGGACGGGUGCCCACUGUCCGCGACUGCGCGAACUUGCCGUCCGGAUACCGCGCAGCCGUGCGUGUCGAAGGAGCUUCCACGAUGGCGACAGCGAGGCUCCGAUACUCGACGAAGAGCAGAAGUGCCACUUUUCCUGGUCGUCGUCAUCUCCUUCGCCCUCUCCAGAGCCCCGCGGUGCCAGCCGGGAACUGUCCUCUGACAUCGAGCCUUCGCCAUCUUGCACGCCCACGGGUUACCUUGUCUUUCUUGAUUCGAGCCCCGAAUGCGAAGGAAAGAGGGAGAAGACAGUUAUCGUGCCACCUACGGACGUUCUUCUGCCAUGUUCUACAAGGUCGAAUGUAACUAGCGACUUCGAAAGCGACCCGAAGUGGACUGGCAGUCCCCCACAGACACCUGCCGGCUGUCUCAACGUAACGGCGAGUAGCGGACCCAUAUGCCGCAUUUGCCACGAGGGAGACCAAAUUGACUCGCUGGCGUCGCUGUGCAGGUGCUCCGGCACCAUGGGCCUCGUGCACCUCAACUGCCUAGAGCAGUGGCUGAACGCCCGAAACACAGACGAAUGCGAAAUUUGCCACCACCGCUUUCCUACCGCGGCCCAAGCCACUUGCGUGCGCCAGUUCUUCCACUGGGCGCUGCACGGCGAUUCGCAGCGGGCGGUGCUGGGAGACUUAUUUUGCUUCGCUCUCCUGACGCCGGUGGCCGCCCUGAGCUGUUUCUUGUGCACCCACAACGCCUCAAAUCAAGCGCGCGAAGGCCACAUCAUUGAAGCCGCCAGCCUGGUCACUCUGGCCGGCCUCUUGGUCACGGCCUACGUGGCCUGGUCGUUCCUUACGGUUCGAUUUCACUACCGAGCUUUCGCGGCAUGGCAGGCAAGGAAUCCGAUGCGCAGGAUCCUGGCUCCCCCUUUAGCCAGGGGAGCAGCCGCAGCCGGGGAAGACAGGACUACGGGCGGUCAAUCGGCGGUCGUGCGAGAGCUGGUGGACGUUGUCGCUGGAAACGUCAACGAGACUGGACGCACGUCCACGGCACCGGGUCAAGGCGGUGGCCCGCGAGGGGCUUUGGAAUCUUCGCCUCACGUUUUGCCGGAAGACCUCCCUCCUGCGCUGCAGCAGCCAGCCUACGCGCUCGGCCCAUCUGCGGGCUUCGUGUUUUGGUAGAUCUUUGUUGUAGUUUCGGUAAACUCUUUUAUUCGUGUUCUGGUCUAAGCAAUGUGAAGCGUCACAUAUUCUUUGUAAUUUAAACAUUUCUGUCUCAAUGUGAGCGCUGUGCUACUUCGCCUGUUUUAACUUUUUACUCUAGAUUUCGCAAAUAAAGACGGUUUGCUCGUAUUUUAAAACAGCUAGUCUUGA